GUCCUGCAGCAUCACCAGCAGCUCCAGCCCAGCGCGUAAUAAAGGAUCUAACUAACCCACAGCAGCUAAAAGAGUUGGGAUGCAUCCCAGUUCAACUACCACGACGCCUUUUUCAGUGAAGGAUAUUUUGAAGCUGGAGCACCACAAUGACUUUGACAACGAUUUCUUGAUGACUGAUCAGGUUGUUCCGAUGCAUUAUCAGCACGUGCACGCUGCGUCCAGGACCGGGUACGUUUAUGACUGUCAGCCGGAGCCGUGCGUCUCGGGGACGCAGGAGAAGCUCGAUAUUCACAGCUCAGCAGCAGAAGAGGAAAUAAAUGAGCAGGAGAUAAGCGGUGUUGACAGCUCUCCUGGCUGUGACAAAAACUCCAAAAGCAGAGCCAGGCUGCGCCGGAAGCCCCGGGUCCUCUUCUCCCAGUCCCAAGUGUCCGAGCUGGAGAGGCGCUUCAGACAGCAGCGCUACCUGUCCGCCCCGGAGAGAGAGCAGCUGGCCCACAUCCUCAAACUCACCUCCACACAGGUCAAAAUCUGGUUCCAGAACAGGAGGUAUAAAUGCAAGCGGCAGAGGCAGGACAAGUCUCUGGAGCUGGCGGGGUAUCCACCUGCACCCAGGAGGGUGGCGGUGCCGGUGCUGGUGCGGGACGGGAAGCUGUGCAGCGCAGGGUCCCACUCAGCACCUUAUAAUGUGACUCUUGGACAUUUUAAUUCUGUGUUUGCAUACGGAAACAGCAGCAUGUAUGGCUGCAGUUAUCACAGUGUGUCACCGUCAGCUGCACAGAUGUGUAAUAACCAGCUGGUUGAUUUAACGGUUAGCAGUGAGGGACAUCUCAACCACGGACACUUUCAGGCUUCGUUACAGGGUGUAAGAGGCUGGUGAUUAAAACAAGAAAAUAGUCUGAAUUAUAUCAAAGAUUUGUGG